GAGGGGGCGGCGGCGGCGGGCCCGGGGUUGGUCACAGGCAGCCCUCCUGGCACUGCUGACGUGGUGCCAGGGACGAGGCUCUUUUCGGAGGGGAGACGAGCUGGGAGAGGCUGGGAGAGCCGCGGCCGCAGCAGCCGGCGCCCGCUUCUGCCGCAGCCUUCCUCCCGCCUCGCCUCCUCCGCCGCCGCCGGCCCUGGCUCUCUCCCCUUCCCACCCCCGGGCCUCGGAAAGGCGGAGGGAAGGGGCCCGCGAGGAGAGCCGUGAGGGGAGAGGAGGGGGAUGGCCGGGGGCGAGGGGGCGGCGGCGGCCGCUUCCCGCCUGCUCGGGGCACUGUGCCUCUCCGCCGUCGCCUGCUCUCAGCUGGUGCGCGGGAGGGAGACCGGAGCGGACUGGACCCUGGAGAAGUAUUCUCACCAACCAAGAAUUUUACAUUCUGACACUAUUCAAAAAGUUGCAGCAAACACAGAUGUUUCUGAAAUGUGGGAGAAUGAUUUGCACCCUAUCCUGAUAGAAAGAUACUCAGGAUCACCAGGAAAUUAUGUCGUACGACAGCAUAUCAAGCACCGUCUUCAAAGAUUACAGGCUGGUUGGGAAAUUGAAGAAGAUACCUUUCAGAGAUACACACCAUAUGGAUAUCAAACAUUUUCAAAUAUUAUCAGUACUCUCAACCCCUCUGCAAAACGCCAUCUAGUACUUGCUUGCCACUACGACUCAAAAUUCUUUGGACAACAAUGGCAGGAGAGAGUGUUUGUAGGAGCAACUGAUUCAGCUGUGCCUUGUGCUAUGAUAUUGGAGCUGGCACGUGCCCUGGAUAACAAGCUUCAAUUAAUCAAGACCAGCUCAACGUCAAGACCAGACCUUUCACUUCAGCUCAUUUUUUUUGAUGGUGAAGAAGCCUUCGUCCGAUGGUCCCCUUCCGAUUCCCUCUAUGGAUCUCAACACUUAGCUCAAAAAAUGGUAUCUACUCCACAUCCACCUGAUUCAACAACCACAAAUCAGCUGCAGGGCAUAGACUUGCUUGUACUACUGGAUUUAAUUGGUGCACCAAACCCAGUCUUUCCCAAUUAUUUUCCUAACACUAUUCGAUGGUUUCAGAGGCUGCAAGCAAUUGAGCAAAAGCUACACAACAUGAAUCUGUUGAAGAAUCAUCUUGUUGAAAGGCAGUAUUUCCAGACUACUUUGCAUCGAGGCUUGGUUGAAGAUGACCAUGUUCCAUUUUUAUUAAGAGGAGUUCCAGUCCUACAUCUGAUUCCAUCCCCUUUUCCUGCAGUAUGGCAUACCAUGGAGGACACAGAAGAAAACCUUGACAAAACCACUAUCGACAAUCUCAGCAAAAUCCUGCAAGUGUUUGUACUGGAGUAUCUAAACCUGUGAUAGACAAAAUGGCAACAAAUCAUACUGCAUUCUAAAUACUGUUUGCCCACCUUCACGUUUGCUAUUUAACUGCAUUGGAGAGCACUAAAGUGAAGCAAAACGUAAUGAUAGCUCUUGCUAGACUGAUUAUAGAUUCAACUGUUCCUGGCCCAAUGUUCCAUGUAGCCAAAUAAGAUAGCAUUAAAUAAGAAUUAGUUUCAGCCUGGAAAGAAUUUGAUCUUUCCAUGUCUUACCUCUGAAUAAAAAACCCCAAGAUUUUUCUGGAUUGUUAUCACUGUUUUAUGUCACCUAUUAAGAUCCCAGGAGGGAAUGCCUCCCUCCUUAAGCAUUACCUACAGUUUUUACAAGGUGUGACCAACUUUUGCAGUGUUCAGCAAUGGAAAUUUAUACAUUAUCAAGAGGCAAAAACCACACUAAAACCAACUUCUACUUUGAGUUGAACUAAACCACCUCAUACUGAAAUGAGUUGCUAGAACUCCUGACACACAGAAGGGAUUUUUAAUCCUCUCUGCUCCCUCUCCUCCUUCCCCUAUGAGCAAGGCUGCAAGGGCUCUUGUCCACAGACAGCAGGCCACCAGGAAACAGAGAAAUAACCCAAAGUAAAUUUUUUUCCCUGUUGUUUGUUGGAUACUUUUUGAUGGAGAAGGGUGGUGGCGAGUGAUGCUAAGAGGAAGGUAUGUGGGGGUUUCCAUCGUGCUUUGACUGCAACAGAGGAGAUACAAACAGAACAGUAGGUGGUGUGUGGGAGCAAUACACCAGGACACACCAUUCAUUCAUGUGAGAAUCAUUCACAAUUUGACCCAAAAUAAAAAAAACAACAAAGCCAAACUGCUGUUUUUAAUACAGAUUACAUCAGAAGUAAUCAUACUAGGAAAGUGAUCACUUUUGAAACUAUAGUUUUAUAUAAAUAUAAUUUUAAAGGCAAAGUGCUAUCUAUCAAGGUUAAAAUGAGAGUCAGAAGCAAGAAGACAGUUUAAGCACCAAGAAGUAAGGACAAGCCAUAGCCUGUAUCAGAAAAAGAUACUCACCAGUUUAACAACCCUGUGCUUUUACAUUCUUUACUGGAAUUAUUUAAUAAAUUUAGUUUAACACUCUGGCAAAAAUCUAGCCUGGAAUGAAAUCAAUAGGAGAAGCCAGAAGAACAGUAUUCAAAAGUUACCUACAGAAUUACAGUUUCCACUGUUGAGAAAAAGAUGAGAGCAUUUGAAGGAAAAAAAAAAAAAAAGGCAACAAAACCCCCACGCUGGUAAAGGAUGAACUAAGGAAAAAAAGUCAGUAUUUUACUGCUCCAAAAUUCUUCCAUUAGGAAGUUCCAUACCUAGGCAAAGAGAUUUAAAAAGGAAAUAAGCUAUGGAAUUGUGGGCAUGUCAGAUUUGGCCUGUAUUUUGCCAUUUUCGUAAAGCAAACAUUUCUGAACCUAAGACAAUAUUUACAUACAUAUUUUAAAGUCACAAUAGAAAUAUGUAUUUACAGCAAUGCAAAUUUGUAAAAUUUUACUAUUACAGGACAGCCUGAAAAUGAAAUUCAAACUGGUUUUGUUGCUCAAGAUGAAACAAAAGCAUUUUAUGUUUUCCCAUCACUUUAACAUUUGUGAGAAAUGUUUCUAUUUUGCAUGCACCUUCUGAAAUAGAAUACAAUGAAAAUUCUAAAAAUUGGACAGAUGUGUUUAUUUUCAGAUAUUACUGUACAUCAAAGCUAUUUGAACUCUUUGCUAUCAUAUUCUCCUCUACUUCAGCCCAUGAGAAAACAUUCUAAACAACUAAAUUAAAUCUUCUGAAGUUUGAAUACUCUGAGCAAUGUAAGGCACCUACUGCACCCUCCAAAGUGGUGAAAAAAAGGUAACAAAAUUGCUAUAUACAGAAAUAUUAAACAUGA